AUGUUGAGGGUUACGGCAAUGAUCAGAGCUGGUAAAACGGAGGUGGCGACCGUUGAGACGGAGCUCCUCAGGGACUAUCACUUUGGACAACAGCAGCUGAUUGAAAUAUGGGGCCAUGCUUGCGCUAUUGCCAUCACGAAGGCUUUUCCUUUGAGCUCCCUGAGUAAAAAGCAGCCCACCCUGCUGGUUGUUUGUGGUCCUGAGCAGAACGGCUCCAUUGGUCUGGUGUGUGCCCGCCAUCUGCGCAUGUUUGAAUAUGAGCCCACCAUUUUCUAUCCCAAGCGUUCGCCUCAGAGUUUGCACCAAGACUUCACCGUUCAGUGCGAGAAAAUGGACAUCCCUUUCCUGUCCUAUCUUCCGACGGAGGUCCAGCUGUUAAAUGAUGCCUACAAUCUGGUGAUCGAUGCCAUCCUGGGACCAGAAACCGACCACAAGGAGGUUAAAGAGCCCUAUGCUGGGAUGCUGGUGACUCUCAAACAGGUCAAAAUACCCAUCGUUAGUGUGGACGUGCCCUCAGGUUGUGAUGUUGACGAACCCGCCAAAGAUGGGAUAAAUCCAGAAGUUCUCAUUUCUCUGACAGCUCCCAAAAAGUGCGCAACGGGGUUCUCAGGAAAGCAUUUUCUGGCGGGACGAUUCCUGCCCUAUGACAUUCAGAAAAAAUAUGAACUUAAUCUGCCAGAAUUCCCCGGCACGGAAUGUGUUAUAGAACUGUAGCCAUUUAUACAGACUUGUAUUUUGAAUAACAAGGAUGUUUUUUCCCCCUUUUGUAUUUUAUAGAUUGUUCUGUGGCAUUCAGUUACUGACAAAUAUGACUAGAUACUUUGGAUAGUUAAGGUGAGUUUUCUGUGGAAGCUUGUUUCUUUUACAGAAUGAAAUAAUGCAAAAGGUAAUUGCUAAUGAAUCUCACAUUUAUGAUUUUUGUCUUGAAAUUCUGAGUAUAUAUCUCACAAUCCGGCUGUAUAAACUCGCAAUUCUGAGAGCAAAAAAAGAUUUCUCACACUUUAGAGUUUACAUCACACAAUUCUGAC